AUGUCCGCCUCGCAGUCGUCGUCCAGCGCAUCAUCGAGCACCAAGGAGAAACCGGCCGACUAUGUCUACUUCGACCGUACUACUGCGGGCUUCUCGGAGGACGCGGUGCCGCGUGCCAAGGCGGCACAGCUCAAGCUCGAGCAUUUCUAUAAGGUUGCGGUAGAUGCCGCUAUUGAACGGAACAACAGGCGCGUUGAGCUGGAGCGGAAGCUGGCUGCAGACACCACGAUGUCCGACGAGCGGAAGCAACGACAGCUGCAGCAGCUCGGCAAGCGAGAGUCGGCAUAUCUGAGGCUUCGCAGGACGAAGCUCGGGCUGGACGACUUCAGGACAGUGAAGGUGAUCGGGAAGGGUGCCUUUGGAGAGGUCAGAGUGGUACAGAAGAGCGACACUGGGAAGAUCUACGCCAUGAAGACACUGCGGAAGGACGAGAUGUUGAAGAAGGAUCAGCUGGCGCAUGUACGUGCCGAACGCGAUGUGCUCGCCGAGUCGAACUCCCCUUGGGUCGUGCAGCUAUACUACUCCUUCCAGGACUCCUCGUACCUCUACUUGAUCAUGGAGUUCCUCCCCGGUGGCGAUCUCAUGACGAUGCUCAUCAAGUAUGAUACCUUCUCCGAGGAUGUCACGCGUUUCUACAUCGCGGAAUGUGUGCUGGCGAUUGAAGCUGUUCAUCAGCUGGGCUUCAUUCAUCGUGAUAUCAAGCCAGAUAAUAUCCUGAUCGACAAAGACGGUCAUAUCAAACUGUCUGACUUCGGGUUGUCGACAGGAUUCCACAAGCAACACGACUCUAGCUACUACCAACGUUUGAUGGAAGCUGCCAAUGGUGUUGCAUCUCCGACUACGGCAUCAAGGAACAGUGUCAUGGUCAACGCAAUCCAUCUUACAAUGUCUAGCAAGGACCAGAUUGCAACAUGGAAAGCCAACCGGAGAAAGCUGGCCUACUCCACCGUUGGUACACCAGAUUACAUCGCACCGGAAAUCUUCCUGCAGAAGGGAUACGGCAAUGAAUGCGACUGGUGGUCUCUUGGCGCGAUCAUGUUCGAGUGUCUUGUCGGAUACCCUCCCUUCUGCUCGGAGCUCACGCAAGACACGUACUACAAGAUCGUACGGUGGCAGAGCUACCUAACGUUCCCGGACGACGUACACCUCAGCCGCGAAGCCGAGGAUCUGAUUCGACGACUCAUCACGUCGCCUGACCGAAGGUUAAACGUGGAUCAGAUCAAACACCACCCGUUCUUCUACGGCGUGAACUGGACCGGCAUUCGGAACAUCGAGGCGCCUUUCAUCCCGCGGUUGCGCUCGAUCACGGAUACGUCGUACUUCCCGACGGACGAGCUCGAGCAGGUCCCGGACGAGCCCGUCGGCGCGGAUACCACUGGUGCCAGCAAGGACCUCGCAUUUUUGGGCUAUACCUUCAAGCGGUUCACCAUCUCCUCUCAAGCAUUCUAG